AUGGAUGCUCUAAACCAAACAAGAGUGACUGAAUUUGUCUUCUUGGGACUCACUGAUAACUGGGUGCUGGAGAUACUGUUUUUCAUGGCAUUCUCUGUCACCUAUGUGCUAACUCUUCUGGGAAAUAGUCUAAUUGUCCUUACCACAGUCUUUACUCCGCGUCUCCACACCCCCAUGUAUUUCUUCCUGAGCAACCUGUCCUUUAUUGACAUCUGUCACUCAUCUGUCACCGUGCCCAAGAUGCUGGAGGGUUUUGUUUUGGAGAAGAAGACAAUUUCCUUUGACAACUGCAUCGCACAGCUCUUCUUCCUGCAUCUUUUCGCCUGUGCUGAGAUCUUUCUGCUCACCGUCAUGGCGUAUGACCGUUAUGUGGCCAUCUGCGCUCCGCUGCACUACCCCCAGGUGAUGAACAUGAGGGUCUGUGUGCAGCUUGUCUUUGCCCUCUGGCUGGGGGGGACUGUUCACUCUCUAGUGCAGACCUACUUGACCAUCCGCCUACCUUACUGUGGCCCCAACAUCAUCAACAGCUACUUCUGUGAUGUGCCCCCUGUCAUCAAGCUGGCCUGCACAGACACGUAUCUUACAGGAAUGCUCAUUGUGUCCAACAGUGGAACCAUCUCCCUCACUUGCUUCCUGGCCCUGGUCACUUCUUACACGGUCAUUUUGGUUUCUCUUCGGAAACAGUCGGCUGAGGGGCGCCGGAAAGCCCUGUCGACGUGCUCUGCCCACUUCAUGGUGGUGGCGCUCUUCUUUGGGCCGUGUAUCUUCCUCUACACUCGGCCGGACAGCAGCUUCUCCACGGACAAGGUGGUGUCUGUUUUCUACACAGUGAUCACCCCUUUGCUGAAUCCUCUCAUUUACACCUUGAGGAACGAGGAGGUAAAAAGUGCCAUGAAGCAGCUGAUGCAGAGACGAGUUUUUUCCUGA